AUGGAGCAUCUCACUACAGCUACAGAGCAACCCACUACAACCAUGGAGCAGCCUAAUACAACUACAGAACAACCCGCUAAAACUGUGGGGUCACCUACUGCAGCUAUGAAGCAGCCCACUACAACCAUGGAGCAACUCACCUCCUCCCUCCCCGGCGCCUUCCCCUCCCUCUCCUCCCCUCCCACCCCGCUCUCCAUCCCCCUCACCACCUCCCUCGCCAUCCUCGCCAACAUAAUCCGCACUCUCACACACGACGCCACAAUCCUCGACACGCAACUCGCUCGCCACGCCCCCGCGACCGAGGCCUCUGACCUCCCGCCCCUUGCUUACUACUAUUUCCACAACACAGUCUCCAACUACCUGAUCGGCGCGGAUCCCACGUUGGCGUUUGUGCCGGAGGAGUUCAAGGCGGAGAUGCAGAUGGUGCUUUGGGUUGUUGUGUGGUGGUAUGCUAUGGUGCAUUGUGGGGAGGGGGUACGGGAGAAGGUGAGCAACGCCGUGGUGGAGGAGUGUAUUGCUAUUAUUGAGGGGGAUGAGGGUGAGGAGAUGGUGGUGGUGAAGAAGGUGGUUGGGGUUUGGAAGGCGUGGAUGGAUAGGUUUGUGGAGGAGUUGGUGGCGGUGGGGGAGGUGGCGAAGGAGGAGAAGGAGAAGAAGAAGACGAGUAAUGAGGUGUUUGAGUGGGGGGUCUUGGGGCUUAUGGUGUUGCCGAGUUUGCUUUGGGGGGGUUUGGUUCGUGGGUAUUGA